AUGGGUGAAAUGGAGGGUACCUUGGAGAUUGGCAUGGUCUCUGGUGUUGCCGAACCUCUUGUCGGCCUUGAAAAAGUCAAGGGACCUAAAUACCAAGAAACUGUCAAUAUGCGUCUUGGCGAUGGAACUACACGACGUGGUCAAGUUCUCCAAGUUGAUGGGGAGAAAGUUUCAGUGAGGACCACUUGCGUCCGUUUGGCAUUUUGCUUUUUGGCUAUGGCCAUGCUUUCUGUAGGAGCAGCUUUUGAAUCAGCUUGCUCUAAUAGGCAAGAGAAUAAUCUAGAGGAGUUUAGUGAUCUAGUCAAGUUCACAUUGAGCAGGAAACCUACGAUUUUACUGCAGUGGAAUCCUCAUGUUUCUCAGGAGAUUAAGCUAAAUGUGAGAGGUGGAGGUUGUGCAAACACAUCCGGUGACUACAGCUGGCGUACCACAAAUUCGAGGAUUGUGGCUCUGUCGUCUGAUGGGGUUAUUCAGGCAAAGAGUCCUGGAAUAGUCACUGUGAAGGCUACGUCGACUUGUGAUCCUCAGAUUUAUGAUGAGAUUGUUGUCAAAGUAUUCGCAAGUGACGAGUCAGAUGUGUGCUACGACAUGGAUGACAUGGAGGCAACAAUCUAUAAAUCGAGGGCAUGCUUGGACAUAGAAUUUGCAUUCUGCGCUCUCUUUGGUGUUACCCUUUCUAUAAUAUUAAGGAUCAUGGUGAUAUGUCGUCUAGGAGCACUUAAAUUCGUCCCUCACGCAGUUUGUUCAGGACGUGAAGUCUUGUACCACAUUACGGGAGCUAUUACAUUUGUGAACGAGAUACCGUGGGUUGUGGAACCUAUUUUUUCUAUUACAACUUUAGCAAUGGAGGACCUAAAGCUCAGAAGAAGAAGCACUUGUUCCGAUCUCUUCCAGAGCACUAAACUGGAUUGGGUUGAAGUGGGUCUGCAAGUCUGCCGGCAAGGGUAUAACAUGCUAAACCUGCUGAUUCAGAGGAAGAGUCUGAACUACCUGCACCUUGAUUAUAACUUCAACCUCAAGCCUGUGAAAACUCACGUUUUGGAAACGCUUUCCAUCUCUGCCGUGAGAUCCUUCGGCUGA